AUGGGACUAUUUCUGCGCCCAGCUUGCUCCCAGCAAGAAGGACCCAUCGACCAACCCCCAGCCAGAGGACUGUCUCACAGGCAGAACCAUCGCCCCUUUGGCAUCUAUGCCGAAGAUCUUCUUGAGGCAGUCCGGGGGCUUGGGUUCAGUGAGACCACCCUCAUCCACAUCUUUCUGGCUGGAUUGGAUGAGCCAUUCGAUUGGGAGGAGCUGGGUGAUAUCAGGACAUGGACGUUUUGGGAGGUGGUGGACUAUUCCUGUCUGAGGAUGGAGAGGGAGAUCCUGGAGGGGGAAUGGACCCCUCUCACCACCAGCACCAUCUCCUGGUCCAUGUCCAGCCCCCAAGGGUUAACCCGCACCCAAAAGCGGAGGCGGAAGAGAAAGGCCUCUUCUGCGAGGCAUCAUUGCAAAGCACUAAGAGGGUGCCCCACUGAGUGGGAUGAAUUUUGGUGCUGGUCUGGGGCAGAAGUUGGACAGGUGGUCAACAUCUCCUGCUCUGAAGUAUCUCAGCUAUUUGUGAAUCAUGGUUUCAUAUUUAGGAACUGCACCAAGGAUGGUUGGACUGAAGUCUACCCAUCAUAUGAGAAUGCUUGCGAGAUUGUAGAGGAUGUGGAAUCGGAAACUGAGACCACAUAUUAUGCCACUUUCAGACAAGUGUACACUGCAGGCUACGCCACCUCUUUGAUUUCCCUCAUCACUGCCAUCUUUGUGUUUACAGUCUUCAGGAAGUUCCACUGCACCAGAAACUAUAUCCACAUCAAUCUGUUUGCAUCCUUCAUCCUGCGAGCCAGCGCAAUCUUCAUCAAAGAUGCAGUUCUCUUUGCUGAUGAGAAUCUGGAUCACUGCUUCAUGUCAACAACUUCUUGCAAGGCAGCAGUGGCUUUCUUUCAGUUCAGUAUUCUGGCGAACUACUUCUGGCUGCUGGUUGAGGGGAUGUAUCUGCAGACUCUUCUAGCACUGACUUUUGUCUCACAGAAGAAGUAUUUCUGGUGGUAUAUACUUAUUGGCUGGGGUCUACCCACACUAAUAUUGACUAUCUGGGUUCUAGCAAGGAAUUUUUUUGAUAACAAUGGGUGUUGGGAUGACACAGAUGUUGCUUACUUUUGGUGGAUCAUCAAAGGACCAAUCACUGUGUCUCUUCUGAUCAAUUUCUUAAUCUUCAUAAAUGUGAUCCGGAUUCUUGUACAGAAGCUGAAGUCUCCUGGAAUGGGUGGCGGUGAUACCAACCACUUCAUGAGACUGGCCAAGUCUACUCUUUUCCUGAUCCCUCUGUUUGGAAUGCACUACAUGGUGUUUGCCUUCCUCCCAGAGAACACAGGAGAAAAUGCUCGCCACUUCCUUGAGCUCGGCUUGGGACCCUUUCAGGGUUUUGUUGUGGCUCUGUUAUACUGUUUUCUUAAUGGCGAAGUACAAGCAGAGCUGAAGAAGAGACUGUGGAAGUGGCAAACACAAAGUUAUUUGAGAUACAGUAAGAGAAGACGAACCCUCUUUACAGAGAGCAGCACAGUCACACAAAUCUCCGUUUUAGAGAAAUCCAGCCCUAAGGAGCUGCCCUUAACCGAGUCCAACAACAGUGUGUCCACCGUCUGAAACCAGGCUUUACAUUCAUCUCAUGUCUUGUUUACUUUUUGAUAUUUCUUCUUUCUGAAACAUAGUAGACUAAGAGACUUUCAGACUACAUCUGAAAACAGACUUGUUUUUGUUUUAAAAUGCUCUCCGUCUGCAAGUGUUUUCGAUUGCUUUCCAAAUAUUUCUCAUCCACAUUAAAACAUCAGAAAUCACAGAAAUUACUAUAAAUGAUAUGUUAAAAAAUCUUAGUGAAAGCAGACAUAAAAGUUCUUGUGCUAUCUUAUGGCACCUUCAUUCAGGUCGAACUUAAUCCUAAUUUUAAAAUGUUCUAUCACUAUUGAAUGCUUGUAAUCUGAUCAUUGUACAAAGCAACAUUAAUCUAUAGCAACACAAAGUCGAAGUGAAUAGG